AUGACUGAAAAACGGCGUGGUGGACGGCGGAAAUCAGAAGAGGAUACUCAGAAACUUACAAAAAAGGAAGAUGCAAUUGCAAGAUACGUUCGUUUUAACUGUCCCACUAAAACAACUAUGUUCGAAGGGAACGAAGUUCAUUAUUUUUCAGGUAGUAAAGCUGUUGAUACGUUAUACGAGUCAAAGAAGUACGGGCAUGAUGCUAAGGAUGCCAAGUUUGCUAAUCGACUUGCUGCUGUGACGUUCCUUAAGAUACUGCUGGAAAAAGGGCUUUUUUUUCGUGCUAGGAAGCUGGUUGCAAAGAAAAAAACUGGAAAUGGCGAGGAAGACGAAGAGAAAAGGAAAAGAAAAAUUAAACUUGAAUUACAUCAGAUUCAAGCUUUUAAUGACACCAACGACGUAUAUGUUUGGCUUUAUGAUCCUACACCGUUGAAAAAGAAGAUUAUAGGUGCUUUAAUCAUUUUGGGUACGAUUGCUGGGUGUUUGUUUUCCCUAUGGCCAAUCUGGUUGCGGCAGCUUGUUUAUUACCUUUCUUUAGUGGGUAUUGGUCUUUUUGGGCUUUUUGGUGUUGUUGCUAUUGCCCGCACGAUAUUAUUCUGGAUCAUAUGGGCUGUAACGAUGGGAAAGCAUAAUUUAUGGAUCUUCCCUAAUUUGAAUGAGAAUUGUGGCUUCUUUGAGUCUUUCCAGCCUUUGUAUACAUAUGAGUAUCUGCCCACGGGGAGGCCGGAGAAGAAGAAAAAAAAUGAAGCCAAGAGGAAAAGAAGUAAGAAUCCUAUAUUAGAUAUGUUUUUCCGUCGCUGUUAUUUUAUUUAUAAAUUAUCAAAUACGUAAUC